AUGGUGCGUCGACGCACGAGCACAGGCACAGCCGGGUCACCCAUGAUCGCAGCCGCUAGCAACACUGGGAGCCGACGGGCAUCCACCGUAAAGAGCAGUGGGGGCUUCCGCGCCAGUCAUGUUGACAAAAACAGUUUCAACCAGCAGCAUCAUCUUGCCGUCCCGGGAGAGCUGCUGCCAAACGGUGUUCAUCCUGAAAGCAGGCAGAGUCGCGAUCAUGGUCACCUGUGCUACCCUCCUGCAAUAUCUGACCACAACCAGCACUUGCGGCAGAGGCGCAGUUCGCAGCAUCAUCAGCGCUUGUCUGUAUACUCGGGUGCGGACGAGAUCACGAACCUGGAGGGUGUGAUUGAAACCGCAAAGGAAAUCGAAGACGAGCGAAAAGAACACGCACUGGAGAUAGAAGAGGCAGAUCAUGAGCAGGGCGAAAGUAACAUCGCAAAUAACAUGAGCCCCUCCGCUCGCAUGGACGUGUCCGAGAUCCCCGCCAGUUGGUGCUUCUUGAUUCCGAUGGUGACGAUCUUUUUCACGCUGUACAUCCUGCAAACCUUUGCGUUUCACAUGAUGAAGAAAAACGGACUUCCGUGGAAGGGAAGCAGCAAGGAAGGGGCACCGCCAGAACAGAUGUGGGCCCUGGCGCAGGACAUUCCGGGCUACCUGGCGAUGUGCUUCGUGAUCUACCUGCCUUGCAAAAAGACCAUUUGGGACCUUACCGGCUGCCAGAUCUUUCGCGCGAUGAUUAUCGCGCCCGCUGAUCUGGUCGCACAGGUUCUGGCAAAAAACGGGUUAGCAAAAACUUCGCCCGCGCUCUACACGAUUUUUUCCUCCGGAGGCUCGAUUUUCUUCACGGCCCUAGCAGCGCGCUUCAUCAUGGGAAAAAAGGCCAAUUGGUUGAUGUGGUUCGGGCUCCUUGUCAUGAUCACCGGCGUCGGGCUCUAUGGCGGUGCGAUGGCAAGCAUAGCGUCCAACGGGAGCGGCAUGGGCGAUUUCAUGCUCGGGAGCAUCUUGAUCCUGCUUUCCUCGGUGGCGGACGGUGUGACCUUUGUCCUGAUUGAGAAAUUUUCGAACGACGGGAAAGAGGAGAUCCCGGGACCGCUGCUGACCGCGAUCAUGGGGUUCACAAAUUUGAGCCUGCUGCUGAUCUGGCAGUUGGCGUACACGCUGCCGCGGUUCGACGAGCUUAUCGUGGAGCCGAUGCGGUGGAUCUACGCGAACGAAGAGCCGCUGAACACCCUGGGGAAGCCGGAGAACCUGUUCGCCGGGUUUUUGUUUCUGUUCAUGGCCGGCAUCGUGGUGCGCGCGUCCACGAUGUACAUGCUGAAGCAGCUGGGCGCGGUCACCUUCGUCGUGAUCAAGAUGAUGAAGAUCGUCGCGGUCGUGUUUCUCUCCUCCGAGCUGUUCUCCUGGGUCUCGUGGUCCUGGUGGCCGGACAUACAGAAGUUCUCCGUUCUCGGCACCGUGGGCGCUUCCUGCGUCACGGUAGGGGUGGGAAUAUACAGUUUCGCGAAGAUCAAGCAAAAGAAGGUCGACUCGACCACCGACGUCGAGCUGGAGGAGGACGAAUACGAGGAGCUCGAGGACGAAGCAGCCAGCGAGGACCAUGCCGGUAUCAUCGACCGAGAGGACCUGGAUUACGUCGCGUCGAAAUUAGACCUCGAGUCCCGAGGCGACGUUCUGGAAUCCUACGACCAGGUCGUCGGAAGGCUGAAGUCCUUUCAGGGUGGAGCAGACGAAGAGAAGGGAGAAGGCAGGAUUGCGGGUCCUCAAGUCGGCCCGCAAGAACAUGUCGUGCUCAACAACUCAACACGAACAUCCGACCCCGUACUAUUGCAGAGCACGCCUCCACAAUUGCACAAGAAGUUGUCGGUUGACAGCUCUGCUGCAUCGUCGCCACGGCCGGUGUUGCAAAUGGAUCUGACGAAUGGGCAAGAAGAAGAACAUCUUCUACCAGCAACAGCAGGUGCCGGUGCGCACAAUUCAGGUAACCGCGGGGAGGGGCAGAACCCACGUUUGAGCAACGUGUCGAACGGGGGAAGCAAACGCAACGAUCCUAGUCCGGCGACCACAACGGGGACGGGGUCUACCGCGCCGUCCCCCCACUACGAUCCGGAGGAGGAAACUCGCGCUCUGCUGUGUCUUCGUGAAUACGACGAGAACGAGGACAAGAGUUGAAAAAAAUACCUCAUCAGGAGGAAUAAAGCAUGAACAUAAAAAAUUGGAGUUGAUUUUCGAUCUAUCACGUAUCAUCUGCUAAAGUAAACAAGUCGAAGAUUAGUUGUACUUUGCUACCAGUAGCUUGGUACGACGUAGACGAGGGGAAUCGAUUAUUGUCGUGGAUUCAGCACGAGGCGGCGCUCUGAAUCUACCGAGAACAGUUUUCACGACGCACGCGUAAAAUUCGCACUUUAUCAUAGCUGCUGAUGAUAUUAGAGACAGGUCUAGUCAACAACUACUUCAAAGAGGAACAAAAAAUGCAGCAAUUCAAAUUCUGAAGGCUGACAACGUUUAAUCUCCCAUGACAUUGCAU